CAUCACAGAGAAGAAACAAAUAGGUGGCGUUUCUCUGUUGAAGUACAGUUUACUCCUCCAACCGCGAGAGUACAAGUCACUUUGAGCGAUAAAUAAAACACCGGAUAUUUCUCUCACGAUAUUUGGAGAGGUGUAGAAAGAUGGGGAAACACAACAGCAAGCUCGCUCCUGAGGUGCUAGAUGACUUGACCAAGAGUACAGAGUUCAACGAAGCUGAGCUGAAGCAGUGGUAUAAAGGAUUCCUAAAGGACUGUCCAUCUGGCAUCCUCAACCUGGAAGAGUUUCAGCAACUCUACGUCAAGUUCUUUCCUUAUGGCGACGCUUCAAAAUUCGCCCAGCAUGCCUUUCGGACAUUUGACAAAAACGGUGAUGGUACCAUUGACUUCAGAGAGUUCAUCUGCGCACUGUCCAUCACUUCCAGGGGAAGUUUUGAGCAGAAACUCAACUGGGCCUUCAACAUGUACGACCUCGACGGAGAUGGCAAGAUCACACGCAUGGAGAUGCUGGAGAUCAUUGAGGCAAUCUACAAGAUGGUUGGUACGGUGAUCAUGAUGCGUAUGAACGAGGACGGGCUGACCCCGCAGCAGCGCGUGGACAAAAUCUUCAGCAAGAUGGACAAGGACCACAAUGACGAGAUCACGCUGGAGGAGUUCAAAGAGGCGGCCAAGAGCGACCCCUCCAUUGUUCUUUUACUGCAGUGUGACAUGCAGAAGUAAGGAAGGAGAGGAGGAAGAUGAGUAAAGGGGGCUGGGGGGUGUAGGGAGGGGAGGAGAACCAUGUACAGACUUCUAGAAAGAUGUAGGUAAUAGAUAAUGAGGGAAAAUGUACAUAGUUAGACUGGGAAUGCUAAGGGAAUGGUUAUGGCUGUUUGGAAUGAUUAGUGAAAGUAAAUGCAAGAGAGUCUUUUCCACCCUGGAUCACUUGUUACACAUUCUGUCGGCUUUCCAGCCUCUAGAGAGAUUUAGAAAGUUUGAAUACAAGACAUUGCUUUCCUCAAAAAGGUCACUUUUGAGCCAACAGACAGGCAUCAAGCUCUCUUUUAGGAUUAAAAGCGAAUUUUAACAACCUAAUAGUUAUAAAUGAUUUAAUAAUAAUGUAAUUCUGAUCCAUUUUAAUGAAUUUUAAAAUUAAUCCAAAAUGUUGUUACAGAUAAAAAAAAAAGGAUUUUAUUAUUUUUAGGUCUGAAAUUAUAUAUUAGGGAUAAACAAUAUAUUGAAACACAAUUUUCACUCAGAAAAUUUCUGCACUCUAAAAAAUGUCACCCAGCACUGGGUGAAAUAUGGGAAAAAUACAGUGAUUGGGUUGUUUUGACUCAGCGGUUGGGUUAAAUGUUUAGCUUAACCUUCUGGGUAGUUUAAUUUAACUCAACUAUUGUUUAAAAAUUACUAUAUGGCUGGCUUAAAAUAAACUCAAAAUGGGUUGUAAAUUACAAAUCAAAAACAUAAUUAUUAAAGGCAUCAGCAACAAUCAAAAGGUGAGUAGUUAUUAUUAAGCAAUUCUGCCUUUUUUUCUUGCAAUUGCGAUUUUAUAUCUUACAACAGAAAAAAACUCAGAAUUGCAAGAUAUAAACUCGCAAUAGCGAGAAAAAUGCGCAAAUGUGAGUUUAUCUUGCAGUUCUGACUUCAUUUCUCGCAUUUGUGAGUUUAUGUCACGCAGUUCUGAGAAAAACAGUCAGAAUUGCGAGUUUAUAUCUUAAUUAGGGCUGGCAAACGAUUAAUCGCUAUUAAUCGCAUACAUAAUAAAAGUUUGAGUUUGCCUAAUAUAUGUGUAUGUACUGUAUGUAAUUAUUAUAAAUACGUGUAAUUAUUAAAAAUAAGUGUAAGCAUAUAUAAAUACAAGCACAUUCAUGUAUAUAUUUAAGAAAUAUAUGCAAGUAUAUAUAUUAUAAUUUUUAUAGGAUUUAUAUUAUAUAUAAAUAAAAAUAUUUUGCACAUAAAUAACAUAUUUCUCUUAAAUAUAUACAUUAAUUCGUGUGUAUUUAUAUAUACAUAAUAAUUACACACAGUACACACACACACACACACAUAUAUUAGGCAAACUCAGACUUUUUUGUGUGUGAUUAAUCGCGAUUAAUCGUUUGCCAGCCCUAAUCUUAAUAACAUGCAAUUGCGAGUUAAGUCAGAAUUGUGAGAUAUAAACUCACAAUUCUGAGAACGUAGUUUUUUCCCCUUAAAAUUAGACUUUAUAACUCGCAACUGCAAGUUUAUAUCUCACAACAGAAAAACAUUAGAAUUGCGAGAUGUAAACUCUGACUUUUUUUCUCGCAAAUUGCGAAUUUAUAUUUUAAUAACACACACUUAAAAUUGUUAAGUCAGAAUUGUGAGAUAUAAACUCGCAAUUCUGAGAAUAUAGUUUUUUUACCCCCAAAAUUGGACUUUACAACUCGCAAUUGCGAGUUUGUAUCUUACGACAGGAGAAAAGUCAGAAUUGCGAGAUAUAUACUUGCAACUGCAAGAAAAAUAUGAGUUUGUGUCUCACAAUUCUGACUUUUUUUCUCGCAAUUGCAAGUUUAUGUCUCACAACAGAAAAAAGGUCAGAACUGCGAGACACAAACUCGCAAUUGCACACUUUUUUGCAAUUGUGAGGUUAUAUCACGCAAUUUUGAGAAAGAAGUCAGAGCUGUAAGAUAAAUAAAAUGGUUCUUCAAUUUAAAAAAUGGUUCUUAUUUAUUUAUUAUUAGUGCUGGGUAACGAUUAAUUGCAUGCAAAAUGAAAGUUUUUGUGUACAUAUUAUAUAUGUGUGUAUAUGUGUGUACACACAUGCAUGUAUAUAUUUAAGAAAAAUGAUAUGUUUAUAUAUGUUUAUAUGUUUAAGCAAUAGUUGAGUUAAAUAAAACUAUCCACAAGGCUGAGUUAAACAUUUAACCCAAUCGCUGGGACAAAACAACCUAAUCACUGAGUGUGUCCAUAUGUCACCCAGCGCUGGGUUGUUUUUAACCCAACAUUUUUUAGAGUGUAGAACAUUUACAAAUAAUUACAAAGAAAUGGCAAAAAAAGAUGAUUAAACCUGAAAUUUUGAAGUAGAAAGACUGAAAUUGUAUUUUCAUGUAAAACAUACUAUAAUAAUAAUCUGGAUAUUGUAUGUAUAAUUACCCAAUAUUUGGAGAUUUAAUAGUUCUGUCAUCUAACACUCACUUAAUCUUUAAUAACAAUCUUUGGCAAAUCUCAAAAUGAAUAUUCAUUUUUCAUACUAUACAUUUUUAAAUAUUUUUAAUUUAUAUAGACAGAAUAGAAAUUAAUUUAUUAUUCAUUUAUCUACAGAAGCAACACAAGAAAAAGGGCUUCCGUAAUUUAUCGGUUAUUGCCCAUAACAAUAAUUAUCUGCUUAUUAGUCUUGGACAAAUGUGUAUACCGUGCAUCAUUUUAUUUAUGUAUUUAUUUAUUUUGCCCAGAUUGAAAAUGUCAGAACUGUAACAUGCCCGAUUACAGACUACAGAAUGCAUUGUAGAAAACAGAGAGUUCAGAGCAGGACUGAAUCCUUUGACAUUUGUGAGUGCCUUUAUAUGCAGCGCUCUACCCUAUUAGAUUCCACUCUAGCAACUGAUCAGUAGAGUUUAAACACAUUGCCAUAAUCUGACGAUCCAAUCACCAAGCAUAGCCUUCUAAUUGUGUUUUUGGCCAAGAUAAAACUAAAAGUUAAAAGGUGAUAUUUCGUAACGGGUCAUGCCAGAAAAUGAGGAAUAGCGUUUAUUAGCUAGAGAACUGUCAACAUAUGUACAUGAUGACAUUUUGUACAUAAUGCCUAUACACAUGCUUAAUAUGUACGUAUGUAUGUAAAUGUUUCUCUACCUUAGAACUGCUUUCAUAAUCUGACACAGCUGCAAUGAUUUGUGUGCUAACACAAAAAAACCUUACUGUACUUAACGUAUGUGGGUCUGUCUGUCGAAGCGGAAACUACGUGUGCAUUUUCUUCACUGUAAACCGGUGUGAAAGCUGUGGUGUGUGAGUGUGUGAGUUCACAUAAGAGAACACAAAUGCCUCAACCUUUGUAUUAAUUCUUUCUUAUGAUCUUCACGCCAGUGCUAGGAGUAUUACGCCGUCGUGUUUGUUGUUACCUGGUGUGUCCGGUGAGCUGUUUUUUUUUGUCAUGAGAGCUUUAGUUCAGUCUUUAUUAGUUCAUUUCACAAGCUUUGCAGCUGUCACCCAAGAGGAUUUUAAUUGUGUGAAUAUUGUCAAUGUUAAACUACCUUUCUUUACUCUUGUAAUAUAAGUGGACACAAAUGUAAACCAGACGCAGAAUGUGAAGUACUUGUCAAUGUUACUAUGCCGCAAUACUUACUAACAUGAGAAUACUGUUGCACUAUGUAGUGAGUAGAGGCAAUACAGCUUUAGUUUUAGACUGCCUCCCUGUGGUGAAAGAUGUUAAUUAACUUACCCAGUUCACUUCAGCAGCAGAUCUUCAAACACUAGGUUUUCAUUUAGAACCAGGGGUUUCAGGGGGCGAGGGGAUCCAACUAAGUUCUCUAUGUGAUAUAAUCUCUUUAUAGGGCCAAGGGCCCAUCCAAAAAAUGAAUAGCUCACAAUUUGCUAAAAAAAAUUGUUUUGGAACAGAUUUAUAGCAAAAAAUGUAGCAUUGCGUCAUUUGCUCACCAGUGGAUACUCUGCAGUGAAUGGGUGCCAUCAGAAUGAGAGUCCAAACAGCUGAUAGAAACAUCACAAUAAUCCACAAGUAAGUUUAAGAAACAAAUGCAUAAUUAAGGCAUUUUAACUUUCACAGUAAUGCUUCAUCCAAUUCACUGCACAGGAUCCAUUGGUGAGCAAGUGAUGUAUUGCUACAUUUCUCCAAGUUUCUACUAUACAGUGCCUUGCGAAAGUAUUCAUACCCCUUUAUUUUUUUCAGUUUUUAUAAGUUGCAACCUUAUAUUAAACUGGUUUAAAUAAUUUUUUCCACAUCAAUCUACACUCCAUACACCAUAAUGACAAAGCACAAAACAGAUUUGUGACAACUUUGCAGAUGUGUUAAAAUUAAAAAAGUGAAAUGAGUAAAUUGCAUAAGUAUUCAUACCCUUAACACAAUACUUAGUUAAAGCACCUUUACAGCCUCAAGUAUUUUUUGGUAUGGUUAUUUGCCAUUCUUCUCCUCACCUCUUCACCUGUCAAGCUCUGUCAGCUUAGAUGGGGUCUGACUGACAUUUUCAGGUUUCUCCAGAAAUGUUUGAUUGGGUUCAAGCCCAGCCUGUGGCUGGGCCACUCAAGGACAUUCACAGAGUUGUCUAUAAGCAACUUUUGCUGUGAGCAUAGGGUCAUUGUCCUGUUGGAAGGUGAACCUUCUGCUCAAUCUGAGGUUCUGAAUGCUCUGGACUGGGUUUUCAUUAAGACUCAAUAUUUUGGUGCAUUGAGUCCCUCAGUACCUGUUGCUGAAAAACAGCCCCACAGCAUGAGGCUACCAGCACACUUUUGGGAUGGUACUCCGCAGGUGAUGAGCAGUGCCUGGUUUCCCCAAUCAUUAUGCUUGGAAUUGAGGUUCAUCAAACUAAAUAAUCUUGUUUCUCACAGUCUAAGGGUUCUUUAGUUGUUUUGCUGCAAAUUCCAAGUGUGUUUUCAUGUGUCUUCACUGAGGAGAGAAUUGAGUUUGGCCACAAUGCCAUAAAGACUGUACUAGUGGAGUGUUGCAGUGAUGUUUGUCCUUCUGUAAGUCUGCAAGUAGAAUGACAAUCAGCUACCAGUUUAACCAAGGCCCUUCUCCAUAAAUUGCUCAGUUUGUCCAGGAGGCCAGCUCUAGGAAGAGUCCUAGUUGCUCCAACCUUCUUCCAUUAUGGAUAACAGAGGCUACAUGCUUCUGUGAUCCUGCAGUGCAGCAGAAUUUUUUUCUGAACUCUUUCCCAGACCUGUAGCUUGUCCAAUCAUGUCUCUGAGCUCUACAGACAUUUUUUUUUUUUUUUUUUUUUUUUUUUACCCCAGGGCUUGGUUUUUGCUCUGAAAUGCAUUUCCAGCUGUUAAACCUUUUAUUGAGAGGUGUGUGCCUUUCCAAAUCAUAUUUAUUCAAAUGAAUUUGCCACAGGUUAAUUUCACUUGAAGUGUAAUAAUGUCUACAAGGAAUAUGAGUGCUCCUGAGCUCCUGAGCAGAAUACUUAUGCAAUGGAACAAUUUCAGUUUUAUAUUUCUAAUAAAUUUGCAAAGCUGUUAGAAACCUGUUUUUGCUUUGUCAUCAUAGUUUAUGGAGUGUAGAUAAAUAGUGUAGUAAAAAAAAGUUAUUUAAAGCAGUUUAACAUAAGGCUGCAACAUAAAACAUGAAAGGGUAUGAAUACUUUCGCAAGUAUACACUUCUAGACCACAACGAGAAGGGCCUUUUUGGGCUACAAAAAAGCAGUGAUUAUUUGUAUUUAGACAUCAUUUUAGCUUUAUCCAAUUGCUGUAGCAAUACUCAAAAAUUACUUUAAUCCUGUGAUUCAUUUUGCAGCGUAUCCUGUGAUGUUACAUCUUCAGUAACAGCAGUUUAAGCAAUUUCUUUACUUGCCUAUAAGCACAUUUUGUCACAACUGCUUUUACACUACUCAUAAUCUUGUGAAAUCCUUGUGGGAUGUGUUUCCUGUCACAUUCACACACCUCUGCCGCUGUUUUACACUUCUGCUCACGAGCGGAAAGUGUAAUCUCUGUCUUAUUUUGUCACAUAGUAGCUUUCUUUAUACUGAACUGUGCUACCCCUUUUGAAAAAGAAGUGUGCUUAAAGGGAUAGUUCACCCAAAAAUGAAAAUCCUGUCAUUGAUUACUCACCCUCAUAUCAUCUUCUGAACACAAAUUAAGAUAUUUUUAAUGAAAUCCAAGAGCUUUUUGACCCUGCACAGACAGCAAGUUGUGUUCAGAAUAUCUUAAUUUGUGUUCAGAAGAUGAACGAAGAUCUUACGGGUUUGGAAUGACAUGAGGGUGAGUAAUUAAUGACAGAAUUUACAUUUUUUGGGUGAACUAUCCCUUUAAUUGUAUUGAAUGUGCACUUGUAGGGUACUUAAAAUCUUAAAGGCUCAUUAAAAAAAAAAGGAUAAUAUAAUAUUAAUGAAUUAAAAGGCCAUUCAAGUACUCGCUAUAAAAGUGUGCUGAUGUGUGUUUCUUUUUCAGAAGGAAAAAUCAUUCAGUUGGUCACUGUCACUGAAUUUUAGUUUUGACCGCAAUUCAGAACUGUACCAGCGUUGAUCAAUGUAUAGUCUGCAAUCUUUCAGACUGACCAUCUGACUAUCUAAUGAUCACUGUGAUUAGAUUACAUAAACGCAGUAAUGGUCAUGGGUAAUGAUUAUGGGAAGUGCAAAAUGGGCCUUGUGGAUGUUGUGCAAUGUGCUGAUCUGCCACUAAAUUGACUCAUGCCACUGCUAACAUCCAGUGUGAGAAUUUCUGUGCCAAAGACUCUAUCAAAGAUCAAAUUGGAUAAUAAAUAAGAUAUAUAUUGAAUAUAUAUGUACAAACACACACACAUGCACACAAAGAUGUUCUGAACUUGCACCCAUUUAUUGAAAAUGUAUUUUGAUUGCAUUAAGUUAUAAUACAGCUUGAAAAUAUAAUGUAAGUUGGUCAUGUGUGCAUCCUUCCACUGCAAAAUCCGAUUAUGUCCGAAAAUAAUAACAGUGAAAAGGGAGUAAUUGUGUCCAGUCGUGCAAUACAAUGCUUUCUGUACUGUACGUGUGCUGUGCAUUUCUAAAUGUCUGGUUUCUGUUCACUUUUUCAAUAUCGUAAAGCUCCUUGAACAAAGAUGUGUAAUUAUUUUUGUUACAUAGAGAAUUAAAUAUGUGGAUGUCUACUGAA